AGGAAACGGAAACUGCCUUUGUCCGCUACUCAAAAAGACUAGACCACAAUUAUUUGUUAUGCUCAAAUAACCUGAAAAAUGAGUUCCACAGAAAAAGACGACUAUGAUGUUGCAAUUCAAAAAGCUCUUAAAGCCAGCAUUGGUGCUAUUUUGCAAAUGAUUGGAUUUGAAGCAGCUAAUCCGAUUGCUCUGUCAACUUUAACUGAGAUGCUUCGAAGUUACUUGACUGAGAUCGGUAAACAGGCAAAAAUGAUAUGCGAAGCUGCUAAUAGAACUGAACCGAUUAUUUCUGAUAUAAGUCUUGCUCUUAUUGAAAUGGGUAACGAUAUUACGAAAAUAGAGGACUUUUCGAAACGGCCAAUGAGAUUAGUAAAUUUCGAUCAGGCUACGUCUACAACAAAACCCCCAAUGAAAACUUUAAGGGUUGGUCAACGUCCAGACAUGCCUGGCUAUGUACCAUCAUAUUUGCCAAGCUUUCCUGAUCCCCAUACUUAUAUGUCGAGGCAACCCGAUCCUCCAUCUCAUGGCACUUAUGCUGAACUCAGGGAAAAAGCAGCAUCUCAAAAGCGAGACGUCGAGAGAGCUUUAACAACUUUGAUUGCAAAAACUGGUGAAACAGACCUCAUUUUCGAAGAUGAUCCGCUAGCUUUUCCUUUGAUAGCCAAUGCUAAACAGCCGUUACCCUACAUAGACGCCUUGUUACCGAAAGAGUAUGAUACCGUAACUUCUGAAGAAACAGGGACUGAUGCUAAUAGUGAUAAUCCUUACCUCCGACCAAUUAAAAUGCCUCAAUUAAAGAAAAAAGGAAAAACUUUCAUUCCUAUUAAAUGA